AUGCGAAGGGGUGGAAGAGCUGCUGUUAACAUGGAUGGUGUAACUUCAACAGAGACCAAGUGUGUGAAGGAAGUUGAGAUCACGAUGUUUAAACCAAAAAUAGCUGGCACAACUUUACGCACACCGGUAGAAAGUGCCGAAAAGGUGUUGGAUGUGGAUAAGUGCAUAACGAAUAAUUCUGAUUCUGAUGACUCAGAAAAUUCUGAGAAUGCUUCUGCUAAUGAUUCUGAUGAUGAUUCGAGUGAUGAUUCUGAUAGUUCUGAUGAUGGGAAUGAUGAAGGUGUAGCCGAUAGUUCAGACGGUUCUGCUGCUACAACCGAGACAGACACAGAUGAAUCUGCUAAUGAGCGUCGAACUAAGUUGGUUCAUGAUGUCUCUGCUGCUUCCGAAAGUGAUCAUUCACAUCAGUCUUUUGUUCAGGAUGGUGCUGCUUUACAUAGAGAGCGUCGGAGUAAGGCAUGUCAUGUUGUUCCUGCUGUUUCUGAUUCAGCUCACUCCGUUCAUGAUGUACAUAGUCAUAUUCCUGACCGUGCUGCUCAGAUUGAUCCUGAUGUUGCUGCUCAGAAUGAUUCUGAACUGCGUGGAAUUUUUGACGAUAUGGAUGAUCCCGUGAACAGAGCCAGUUCGGUUAGUCCGGUGAAACGGACAGGGGGUGCUGAUCUUAAGUAUACCAGAACUAAACGUAGACGUGUUGCUGAAGCUACUUCAGUAGCGAUUCCUGAUCCUCCAAGACCAACUGCUGCUGUUAUUCCUGCUGUUUCUCAAGCACAAGUAUUGCGUCCUCUGGUGGCUCCUUCCUUAUCCUACAGACUUCCUUCAGAUUCUUCGCUUGUUCGUCGUGUUGAUCUUCUGGAGACUCAG